AUGGAGAACACUACGCCAUCAGAGAAUACACCGCUCCUCCCCACCACGACACCAUCAUCUCCCGACGUCAGCCGUCCCACGAGACCGCAACGAACUGUCACCUUCAACCCUAAUCCCGUCACCAAGACCAUCGAGCCCGAGGCCGCCUACCGUCAGGCCCGCGCCUCGCAUCCAAGCCUACCGCAUCCGCCAAUGUCCCCUUCAAGUUCCUCCGCCAUUAGCACUGGCGGUCUCGGCGGCGGCCCCCCCAUGUUAUCGGCCCUGAAUGGCAAGAUGCGGCGACGAAACAGCGGCGGUACUAUCGGAACCAACCACAAUUCUGGCCUGCCCUAUACGUCUGCUGGCAACACUCACCUGCCCAAGAUCGGCCCCCAGCGUAGCACCAAGAACGCCCAGAAGCUCAAGCUACUACCCAACCCGGAGCUGGAGGAAGAUGGCGUCGACGAGGAGAGCGGUCGCGACGUAUACUCGCAGUACACCCGUAUCAAGGAUCCCACGGCCCGUCGUGAUGCUGCGCGUCUCGGCAAGGCGGACCGCGACAGGUUGCCCAGAGUGACGGCGUACUGCACAGCUAGUAGGUACCAGAUGGACGGCCUUAUGCGGUUCCUCAAGAGCAGAUCCAAGAGUCGUGGCGCAAACCCAAAGUUGAUCGACGAGUGCAUCUACACUCCUUAUAGCUACAAUCCCAAGCAGGCGGCUGAGAACAACCGGGCCGAGGCAGAAGCCCAGGAGCAACAACAGCUGGGGCAUUUCGACCCGAUACAUUCUCGCAGGCAUUCCACCGGCGAGGUGACCCAAGGUGACAGCAGUGGUUAUCAAAGUACAGAGGACCUGAUCAGCCUCAAUCUCAAUGGAGGCAGCACCUCCAGGGAAGGUGUUCAGGAUAUGGUGGCCCAAGGGGUCAUCAGCGACGAGAACGCUGUGUCGGAUGACCCGCUGGCUGAUUUCGACAUCCAAGUCCACACUCCGGAAGUCUUCCUCUUUGAGUACGGUGUUGUGGUAAUAUGGGGCAUGUCGGUUGCCCAAGAACAGCGGUUCCUAAAGGAGAUUGCAAAGUUCGAGUUGGAAAAGUUGGGGCCGGACGAUACGGAGACGGAGUAUUUUAACUUUUACUAUACACACGAGUACCAGGCCCGGAUCUACAACGACUUCAUCACCUUGCGAGACAAGAACAACUACAUGACGAAACUGGCCAUUUCCCACGCUCUGGCCCAGAGUGUCAAGACGUCUCUCUUUGAAGAACUUAUUGCUUCGACCAUCGAGACGUGCAAGGACAUCCCCACGCAGAUUGCAUUGACGGGCAAGAUCGACCUCAGUCGACAACAGAUCAAUAUGCAAAUCGGAGAGCUCUUCAUAUUGCGUGUCAACAUUCACCUAAACGGCUCUGUCCUCGAUACACCGGAGCUGUUCUGGGUCGAGCCACAACUCGAACCAUUGUACAAGGCCGUGCGCAGUUACCUCGAGAUGGACCAGCGUGUCAAGUUGCUGACAGAGCGUAUGGAUGUCAUUGCCGAUCUGUUGGCUGUUCUCAAGGACCAGCUAACUCACGGUCACGGAGAGAAACUAGAGUGGAUCGUGAUUGUUCUUAUUGCUGCCGAGAUUCUCGUGGCGGCCGUAAACAUCGUUGUCGAUUUGUAUGCGGGCGUUGACUAGAAGGAGACAGCAACUCGGGAUACAGUGCCAACAGAGGGAUGGUCCCUUUGUAACUCACUUCUUUUCCUUUUAGUUAUUUUCUGCAUGGAAUUGGGCAUCUUUUUGAGCACUGGAGGAGUUCUGGGCCUAAAGGCGAUGAGUUGUGACGUUGUUUUUAUCUGGCUGGAUUCUUUGGUGGAUAGCAUUUAGAAGGGAUGGCGCUUCGUAGGGCCAGUGAUGAACAAGAAAGGCAGAGAGAAGGAGAGCCUUGAUAUGCCGGAGAGAAAAGAUCAAAGAGCGCCAACGAUAUUCUCGUUCUGGCUUGACUACCCGUGAUAGACGUUAUACCAGUAAGACUUCAUUUCA